UGCCGCCCGAGGGGGUGGGGGUGGCUCUUGGGCUCGUGUGGCCCUGGGCCCUGUGCGGCCGGUGCCCGGCGGGGUCGGCGGCUGCUGGUCUCGGCCCACUGGGGCCCUCACCUCGCGGACGUGGUGGGCUCUGGCUGGGGCCUUUCUCUGCCGCCAUCUGUUCACCUCAGUGGUGUGGUGGCUGGAAUUCGUGCUCUGGGAUUACUGCUGAUGGCUCGGGUCUUGCGGCUCUCCUGGUCUGCGUUUGACCUUCGCAGGGCCUCGGUUGCAUUUGCACAGUUGCGCUCAUGUGUGAACACUCCUCACCCCACAUAUUCGGUAAGAUGACGCUGCAUUGUCCGCACUUAUACCUGCUUUUGUUUGCUUUGUUUGUUUUAUUGUUUAGUUGUUUCUCCUGAUUUUCUUUUCCCUCGUCAUCAUUGAGAUUAAGGUUUUCUCAGCUUGUUCAUCUCUUACAGGUGCUCUUGAUGAUUAUCGGCUGUUUUCUUGCAAAAGCCGUUAGGAAUCAGUGACGAGAUGGUAAAAAACUUCAAAGGGGUAGUUGUCUUCCUCCUCAUGGCUACGUUCAUUGUCUUCUUCAGACAGAGAACAGCCAGGACUUACAGGUCGACCUCACAGCCAAAUGGGUUUCUACCCCCUGCUGCCUGCCUCCUCGUCUCUAACACAACCAUCACCCCGCUGAAAAACACCUCACACUUACUGGUAUCAGCCUACAUGGACCAGAGGGUGAAGGGUUUGGAUGUUCGCAUCAUUAGCAUAUUUAGGAGAGACUCCAUCCAACCACUUCAAUGCCUCUUCAACUGUGGAGGCCACUGCAACAAAACGGCAUUUCUGACAACUCCGACGACAGUUUUACAGCACUCGGACAACUUUGGCUUUCCCUUUGUCACCACAGAUGCCAUGUGUUCGAUUCCUAAAAACUGUCACGCUACCCAUGUCACUCUUCUGACUGAACCGCACACUGAGAGAGGGUCCAACCUGAGUUGGCUUCCUAUAAGGAACAAGACCAACGGCAGCGAGAUGAGGUUCAAGUUUAACUUCACAGUCUGCAUCUCCAACCUGUUUGGAGACUACAACAAUGUGUUGCAGUUCGCACAGACUCUGGAGAUGUACAGGUUGCUGGGUGUGGACAGAGUGGUGAUCUAUAACACCAGCAGCGGCCCAGAGCUCAGCCGCCUGUUGCAGAGUUACAGCCAGGAGGGCUUUGUGGAAAUAGUUUCCUGGCCCAUCAACAAGUAUCUGAAUGCAUCUGGCGGCUGGCUCUUCUCGAAGUUCGGAGGAGACCUGCACUACUUCGGCCAGCUGACCACGCUCAAUGAGUGCAUCUACAGAUCCAUGGAGCGCUCACGCUACGUCCUGCUGAACGACAUAGACGAGAUUAUAAUGCCAUACCAGCACAACGACCUGAUGUCGCUGAUGAACACGCUACAACAACAGCAACCAAAUACAGGGGUGUUCCUCAUUGAGAACCACAUCUUCCCCAAGAGACACUUUGAGCCAAGUGGAAUGUUUCACCUGCCUCAGUGGGAUGGGGUGCCGGGAGUUAAUAUUCUGGAGCACAUCUACAAGGAAGACCCCGACAGAAGCAUAUACCAUCCACACAAGCUGAUAGUUCAGCCAAGGAUGGUGGAGCAGACUUCGGUGCAUGAAGUGCUCAAGCAUUUUGGAAGGCGGUACAAAGUUCCACUAGAAGUUUGUCGGAUCAUUCACGUCUGCAAGGUUCCGCGUGAGUCUUUACAGCUGGAGCAGCUUCACGUAGACAAACGCUUGUGGGACUUUCAUGAAAAACUGAUUCCAAAUGUGGACAGGGUGCUGCAGAGAGUGGGGCUGCUGCUCUCUGAGAGAGAGCGCUGACGGGCUCAGAUGGAUGCCCACUGAGCAGGCUGAAUGUGAACGUGCACGCUCAGCAGCGGAGACGUUUGUGAUAGCCAUUGUUUAUUAUUGGAAUUCUCAAUUGUUGUCUUAUUUUGCACCCUUAAGAGCCUCCACAGCCCUGAACUGAACUGAAUGCUGCACAUAUUUAAAUGAGUAGACACGAUGAGCACCUUGGGGGAAGAUGUAUGAAUUGUUGUCGGUCUUGUUUUUCAUUUUUUUGGUUUAUUUGUUCUUUUUUUUACUAGAUUGUUUGGGUUUUUUUGA